GUCUUAAGAAAACCCUUUCUCUGGGGUGAGGGAUGUGGACCAGACUCUGCCAUGCAGAUGGGAGCAGUGGGUAGCCCUUGUUGUCCCCAUGCUAUGACAAGUGAUUGUCCCAUCCCAGGGAUCCAUAAAGGGCUGGUCCCUCCCUCAUGCAUUGUUUCUCAGGAAAGAUAGGACUGAAACAUUCAGGGAAGACGGAACAGCCUGAGUCACCUCUGGCUUCAAAGGGGAGGCAGAAAUGAUCUCCUCCUCUCAGGCCCUGCUGAGGCAGGUGACUUCUGACUUCUCAGCUUGGGAUCGGGGAUCAUGGCACCUAAAUGCCUUCUACCCUGAGGUCUUAUCUCUGUUCAGAAGCCUGAGUAAGGUCUAGCAGUGCUAGUUAGGGGAUGGCAUCCUACCAUCCCCUGCCUCCAUCUUCUCUAAACUCCCCUUGGAGCAUAGGUCUGUUGAGGUCUCCAGGCAGGCAAAAGUGGGCGUUUUGCUCCAAGGCGUAUCCUUGGGGCUAUAGAGAUGUUGGUCAGGCAAGUCUUCCAAAUGAGGAGGGAAUUACUUCUGUGCCCAGGAUGGCAGCAGGUGGAGGGCUUCUUGGAACUUCCUGUGCCCCUGCGUGGCUGCCAGGCAUGGAAUCCAGUCCCAGGGAAGGGGGUGCUGCGUCCUCCCUCUCUGCUAACACCUCACAGACUGUCAGGAUUGGAAGGUACUGACCAAUCAUCUGGGCGAAACCUCCUUCUCCCUGAUUCUGACCCUCCUCUUUUGGCAUAGGAUGUGUGAGGACAUAUACCUUUCUCAAUUCCCAGAGAAAAAUUUGGUAGCUGCUGAAAAUGUGCUUAAACUGUAAAAGAGACAUGAGUCAGCUACAAGAGUGGUAAAACAAAAGUCAUCACAGUUCUACUCUGAAUUUUUCCUCAACGUAAAAAUAAAAACAGAAGUACCAGCUCUCUCUCUCUCUCUCUGUCUCUCUCUCUCUCUCUCUCUCUCGAGAGAGAGAGGUUGGACAGUACUCAGCAGCAUUGCAGGGGUAGAGAAAUAGUGAUGCCCUAGAGCACAGAGAUGCUCCUAGAGCAAAGAUGCCCAUAACUGGAGGGGGGUGUGGGGCACAGGGGGGCAACAUCACCCUUCAUCAGCAUCCCUGAAAAUUGUCAGUCCAGCCCCUUCUACAGAGGGGGCUCUUACUCUUCUUAGUGCCAGAUCAUUUUGUCUUCAGUCAUCCUUUGGGAAGUUUUCAUAUUGAAUUAAAAUCUGCCCUUCUGAAUCACCUGCUUGUGGGCCUCGCUCUCCUCCCUGCUCUGCAUAUGCUUUGAUCUAUGCUCUGCUCCCUAGGUCUGCUCUGCAUCCUCCUCCAGGACAGCCCUUCGGAGUUGAGCACCUUCCCUCCCCUCAAUACUCCCACUUUCUUCAAUGGUUUCUCCCAUGGCAAGGUUUCUAGAGGGCUCCUCGUCCUGGACCCCCUCCUCUGGGGGUCCCUGUAAAGAACAGGGCCCAAAAUGUGACCCAGAGCUCCAGGUGAGGCCUGCACAGCCUGGAGUGAGCGGAAUUGCCUGGCUGGAGAUUUUCUCCUUGUCUGUGGCUUGGGUGGCGACACUUCUGCUCCCAGCUUCUGUUUCGUGGCCGUCUCGCUGCAGUGCCUCCAGCUGGUAGCAGGGGGCGCUCUGAGCAGGCUCGGUGGAAAGAAUGGCUGCAGGGCCACCCUGAUGUAGCCCAUCCUGUAAUCAGGGCAGAACACUUUCAGAUUAACCCCCCGGGACAGUGCGGCUCCACCAGAGCCUUGGUACCAGUGAGGUUUUCCCUUUUCUGGUUCAGUCUUUUUUUCUCUUCAGAAUUUUCGUUUGUUAGAAGCAGAGCGUCUUCUUCCCUCACUGUUCACUCUGUGAUCCAUGCAAGUCACCUUCCCUCUGGGAGCCUCAGUUUCCCCUUCUGAAAUAAGGGUCACAGUACCUGCUUCACAGGUUGCCAUUUGGAUUAAAUUUAAUAACGUAGACAAAGGGCUGACCUUGCCUGGCCCGUAGUAACUAAAUAUAAGUACAGCUUUCCCUUUUUCUUCCUGCAGAAUCUUUCUUUCUGUAUUGUGCCAACCUCCACCCCACUCAGCCUAAUUUCUAAGCUUCUAAUUUCUAGAAACUAGUUUUUAGUUAGACUUGGGGCAGGAAUGUUCCAGAAGGGGUCUCAUUGACCGUCUUUGGUCAUCGUUGACAGGCUGAUGAUGUCAGUACGUGCUGAAGAGAAAAGAGACCUGGCUCCUGUAGGCUCUCGAAGCACUUCCCUCUGGGAUGGUUCAGGUGCCGUUGUCCUGAAGACUUCUCAGCCUGAAGCAAAAUCUCAGAAACCUGCUCCAGACUUUGUGUGGGCCUUCCCCCUUGGUUUUAUCUUUCUUUCCUGUCGGCGAGAGUCUCUUAAUGCCAUUUGAUUGUGGGAUAAUCAUGGAGAUUUUGCUAAAACGGAGUGGAGGAAAGAGGGUUUGCAAUGCUCUCUUGAUCCUCAGAAUCCUUCAGCUCUUCUGGGAUCUGACAUACUCCUCACCAAAUCAUAACCUGAAAUGGAGCCCAAGGUCAUAUAAACCUUCCCCCUCCAGUUGUCAGGAGCAGUCUGUGGCACGUCUUACCGUGGAGGCCCUGCACAGAACUUGGAGUCAGAGACCAGGUCCUAGGCCUGCCUUUGCCGCUACCUCACUCUCUGACCUUGGGCAUGAUGCUGACCUUCUCUAGGCCUCAGUUUCCACAUCUGUAUCAUGGGGGGUUUGCGUCAGAGCAGUGAUUUCAAAGGGGGGAGGUACCUCAGGCCACUAGCACAGCCCAGGCCUCCAACUUGAACAGAGGAGCCCUGUAUUUGUAUUACUUAUUAGACUUCCAAGAAGAUUUUGUGUGGAGAACGUAUUCUGUGGCUGCAAGAAGAUUAAAAUCCCAAUGGCCUUCUUGCUUUUUUAAUGAUUCUAGAAGUCCCUCAUUUCCUCCUUAGCGUUGUUCAAAGGGCUCUUGAGGGAGGUAAAGGGCUAUUCUGUUGACAGUUCAACAGUCUAUACUGUUGCGUGCUUUUGACCCAUGAUGACGCUGGGAUCUUUAGGUCUUUUCCUUCCGUGAUGUGUUCUGGUCAGUCCUUUUCCACUCUUUCUGUAGAUUUUGUUAGAAUUCUCCAAGGAUAGCCUUGGUAUCUAUUUCUUUGGGAAUGAACCCCACAAGAUGCAAGCUAUUUAAGCCAUUGUGGUGACUGGCACUAACCUCUGGAGCUAGCCGUUUGUUAUUUUUCAUUCUAAUCUCUUUCCUCCCCGGAAGCUCUUGCAGAAAGGUCAGAUUUCAGGCUGUGGCCUGUGGAACUUAACUCAGUGCUUCCCCUCAACUUGACAGAUUGCAGUUGGGACCCAUAUUCCAUAGGUUGUGAGAUAAGUCAGCAAGGAUCUCAGGCAUCAAAAAUCAGGCCGUCUUUUCCUGACUCUGCCAUCCAUUGUGACCUCGAGUAAGUCACUGACCUUCUUCCAGGCCUCAGUUUACCCAUUUGCACAAUGAGGAGAUUGGACUGGAGGAUGUCUUAGGAGUUCUUUUGGCUCUAACAUUCAAAGAUUCCAUGUGACGUAAGCUACUUUCCCCUCUGACAGUGUCAGUUAUAUUGUUAGAAGAGAAAGAGUCCUGCCUAUCCGUGGAUCUCCAUUUUCCCAUGGUUCACACCGGGAGGGCAUGAGACCCCAUCCCAUUUCACCAAGUUGGGGUGGUGAUUGAGGGGCGUAAAUAAUUGCUGGGUGCCUUGAUGGGAAAAGUAGCCUAGAUGAGGCUGACUAGCAUUGUCAUGCCUUCCUCUCCCAGCCAGUUCUGGGGACAUGUUGACAUUUUGGUGGUAGAUUGGUCCCUUGCAGAGUGAAGAAGGGACCCGUUCUUUAGGUGCCUGAUAUUUAUGUUAACUCUUCUUGCUCCAAUUGAAACACAGGGUUCAGAGCAUUGGGUAUUUAUAGAAAGAGAGUACACUAGGCCAGAAGAACUCAGUCUCCUAAAAAUGACUACCACGCAGCAGGAAGAAAGGGAGGCAGGCCUCACAGAUAUCCUUGCUGAUGGCAGACUCUCCAAGGUAGACGUCCUGGUGGACAAGUUCAAAGUUGAAGUGGCCACAGAAGUAAUGGUGGGAGCUGGAAGAGCAAACACCCAGCAACAAGGAAGAAUGAUUGCAAGCCCUGAAGACUUUGAGUCUGUGUGGGAGGAAGGCCUGUGGGCCAGGGAUGGCCCAGGAGGGGCUUCUCUGGCUGUAGGCUAUACCCUGGCAGAAAAGCUCCUUGAGGGCUCCCGGUUCCAAGUGGGCACUGGAGAGACAACCAUCAGGAUGCGCCAUGUCUCCGGUGGUCAGCAAGAGGGCCAGACGGAGCUGAGGAAGGAGCUGGGGGAGUUCCAGGCUGGUGGAAGACCCAGUACACCAGGGACCAGGCCAGCAGAGAUGGAUGGCCUCUCUCUAGCCUCUGACAGGGGAGGACUCCAGUCAUUUCUGCUGGACCCAGCUGACGUGGAAGCCAGAGCUGACUCCAGUGAUGAAACUGAUACUUCCUUUGCAGAGAGGAGCUUCUAUUUAAGCUAUGGAGAGAAAGAUUCUGAAGACCAAGCCCUCCCUCCACCCCUGGAGGAGAGUGAAGAGCACAUGGAUGCCUCUCCUGGAGAUAAGACCAGGCCAGAGCGCUCUGAGAAGCUCGCAGAGAGCUCUGAGCUAAACUCCUCAGGCCCGUGGGGCUCUGCUGCAGUUUCCUGCAGGAACACUGGUGAAGAGGAUGAAGUCCACUCACCUUCCUCAGAGGAAGGGGCAGGACCUCCCAAGAAACACGGAAGACUGGAUGACCUGGAGGCCUUUGUUGAGCAGCUCAGUAAGGAAACUUCUCCAGGGCAGACGUUUGCUGAGGCCUGGGAAGAAGCCAGGUGGGGGGUAGAAGGACAGUUUACUCACUCAGCAUCCACCGUGGCCUCAGAGGAAGAGGCCCCCAAGAGUGGAGAUUUGAUGGAAAAGGCUGAAAAAAGCCCCCCAGUGGGAUGGAAGAAUCACUCCCCUCACAGAGGAGGGCACGUGAACCCAGACCUCCCGGCCUGCGCCCUUCCAUGGGCCAUCUCUCCUGACAAUGUCAGGAAGCCAGCUAAACCAGACAGAGGCGACGUCCUGCCCAAAGACAGGGGACUGGUUCACACCCAAACAGGAGAACUUGCAAUGGAGGACAGCAGAGCCUCAGCAUUUCUUCAGAUGGAGGUGAUCACCCACCUCCCUGCCUCCCCAGGUCCCUUUCAAGCUCAGGCAGCUCCAGAGGAAGUUUCUCCAAGCCCAGCCCCUCAUAAGUCAGGAGAUCCUUCGCAGCUCAUGGAUCCUUUUGGAGAAAAGUCGCUUGUGUUUCUCAAACAGGCCCAUCCUCCCAAAGAAAGCCCGGAGCCCAAGGACCAAGUAGGGCUGUUUGUGACCCCGGACAGAGGGGAGUGCCGAGCGCCUCCCAUUGCCAGCAGAAAGCCCAGAGUUGUCCCUGAAGAAGCUGAGGGGGCCAUACCCCUGGGAUUGGUGUUCCCUUCAGGGAAGCAAAAGGAGAUGACCUCUUUCCAGGCGGGGGGCCAAGAGGGCUCCCUAGAAGAUAUUAGCAAGACCUCAGUGGCCAACAAAAUUCGCAUCUUUGAGACCCAUGGAGUGAGACCCACUCGCCGAGUGAGCCAAGGUGAAACAAGGGCUCUUCCAAACGAGUUGUCUUCAGAGGCUUCCACGGGUCAGGUGGAGCAGCAGCGGAACAAGCUCUUAGACCUGGGCUUUAUCCAACUCCAGCCCCCGGGGGACUUUGCCGGCCCCAAAGCCACACAUUCCUCGGUGAUACAGCCAGCAACCAGACACUUCAGGCAGGGCAUUCCUGCCGUAUCUCCCCAGGAAGGAGGCAUGGAACUCCAGCUCGUGUCCCCCGAUUCAGGCUGUGAAACUACGCUGGAAGAAGUUACUGGGGGAACUGGCCACAACAAAUCCGGAGAUGCAGUCAGGGAAGAGAAGCGAGUCACCAGCUUAGCAGCGAACCCCUCUGGAAAGGGAGGGCGCCUGAGAUGCACCAGCCCCUCGGGCCCUCAGAGAGCAGGGCUGAGGGAGGGCUCAGAGGAGAAAGUCAAACCACCACGUCCCAAGGCCCCAGAGAGUGACACAGGAGAUGAGGACCAAGACCAGGAGAGGGACGCAGUGUUCCUGAAGGACAACCACCUGGCCAUUGAGCGCAAGUGCUCCAGCAUCACAGUCAGCUCCACGUCCAGCCUGGAGGCUGAGGUCGACUUCACAGUCAUUGGUGACUACCAUGGCAGCGCCUUCGAAGACUUCUCCCGCAGCCUGCCUGAGCUCGACCGAGACAAAAGCGACUCGGAACCUGAGGGCCUGGUGUUCUCCCGGGAUCUCAACAAGGGGGGCCCUGGUCAGGAUGACGAGUCAGGGGGCAUCGAGGACAGCCCGGAUCGAGGGGCCUGCUCUACCCUGGAUAUGCCCCAGUUUGAGCCUGUGAAAACGGAAACCAUGACUGUCAGCAGCCUGGCCAUCAGGAAGAAGAUCGAGCCGGAGGCUGUACUGCAGACCAGAGUCAGCACUGUGGACACCAGCCAGGUUGAUGGCACUGCCCCAGGGGGGAAGGAGUUCAUGCCAACCACUCCCUCCAUCACCACGGAGACCAUAUCAACCACCAUGGAGAACAGUGUCAAGUCCGGGAAGGGGGCAGCUGCCAUGAUCCCAGGCCCACAGACGGUGGCCACGGAAAUCCGUUCUCUUUCUCCGAUCAUCGGGAAAGAUGUCCUCACCAGCACCUACAGCGCCACCGCGGAAACCCUCUCCACCUCCACCACCACCCAUGUUACCAAAACUGUGAAAGGAGGGUUUUCUGAGACAAGGAUCGAGAAGCGAAUCAUCAUUACUGGGGACGAAGAUGUUGAUCAAGACCAGGCCCUGGCUUUGGCCAUCAAGGAGGCCAAACUGCAGCAUCCUGACAUGCUGGUAACCAAAGCUGUCGUAUAUAGAGAAACAGACCCAUCCCCAGAGGAGAGGGACAAGAAGCCACAGGAAUCCUGACCUCUGUGAAGAGAUGCUGGCAUUUCUGGUCCAACCCAAGCCAGAGAACCGUUAAGAAGGGGCCUUCAUUCUGAAUUCUCCGACUCAACACCGACGUCCCAGCUGCGACAUACUGUCACUGAUGAGAGACUGGGAAAGGAAAAGCAUAUAUAUAUAUAGAUAUAUAUAGAUAUAGAUAUAUAUACAGGAAACACCGCGUCCUUGCACUGCUGCUGGGGCUGGCCGAGCAUUCGGCUGACAGCAACAACCAACAUCUGAACACCUACAUUUCCUUUGCAGACAAAUUGAAGAAUUGGUGGGAUUUUUCAGGAAAAAAAAAGUAUAACGACAAUAAUCCUUUGCUCCCCCCUUUGAAGCCCUGCAGAACAACGAGAACAAGCCAGACCGCGAUGAUUGUAGAAGUACCAUGAGACCUUGGUUCUGCACGUUACAUUUAGUUGGAUGAGCAUUCCAUUUGUUCUUCUCCAGCAUCUGUUGCCCACUCGAAUGCAAAGGAAAACACUUUUGCAGCAAAGCAAGAGAAGUCGCAGCAGUAAAACACACACCGUCAACCGUUUUCCGAGAAAGAAAGAAAAUUCCCCACUUGGAAAGGAGGAGGAGGAACACUGGAUUAUUAUUUUUUGGGUCUUGACACUGGGCUGCAAAAUCCACCUUCCUUCCUUCCGCCUCCCCUCCCCCUUGACUCUCACACGUCUUGUCGUCAUUUUCUGUCUCGGUUCCCUCUUCCCUCUCCUGCACCCCACACCCCUUACCCUCUGUAUCCUGGCCCUGCUGAGGGCCACUGCAGAUGACUGUCAUUUGAAACGAGAAAGAGAAAAGAAAACGAGAACAGAAAAGCAAGCCACAGGAAGGGAAGUAGACAUUGUAUGUUUAUGGGUUCUCAUUAUGAAGGUGCAGCUUGUAGGAGAUUUGUAUGGAUGUGCUUUUAAGUUAUGUAUAUUACAUAUAACAGGAAACAAAUAUUGAAAUAAACAGUGCUGGUAAGUAUGAAGCUGACAUUUUAAAAUUAUAACUAUCUGACUGUGAUUGAUGUAUCCCAAGGUUUCUAGAUCUCACUGAACCGACCCAGCCAAGGAGACCAGGACUCUGGCUGUGGGUGGCUCACAGUAGGAGCUGACAGUUCAGUGUAGUAAUACAGUGUGUGGUGUUUGUAAUUGGUUGAUUGGUGGGGAGGGGCGGGGACCCCCCAUGCAGAGGCAGGGGUUUGGCAAGAAGGAAGCAACACAGAUGUAGUCUGAGAUGCCUUCUCCCCCUGGGCAGUAGCAACCAGGGCCUGGUCUGUGCUCAGACAUGGGGUCCAGAGUAGGAUUCUGCUGCAGAAAUCCCCUGACUCAGUCCCCCUUCCUCCCUAGGGGACUCGCCUCAUUCUCUUUUUUUGCCACGUCUUGCCUUUCCCUGACUGCAUUGUGACAACUAACUUCCAAUCCGAAGGGAGCUGACACCCCUGGCUGCCGUAGAGGAUGGUGGAUUUAACCUGGCUGUCCGAAAAUUCCUAGCUGUCUUUUCCUUUACUUCCCGUAUUCUGUCUGAAUCAUUCUCUUCUUCCUGGGCCAAAGCAGCCAUGGUAGAGACGGUGAACACAGGGCAGGCCCUGAUAGGUCAGAACUGUAUUCCCAAAGGCUUUGCCUUUCCCAGAACAAGCUAAGGGUGUAAGGUAGUGUUGCUCAGUCUCCAUCUAUGUAUAAGACCCUCGCUUUGGAGACCUCCCCUUCAGUCAGCAUCCAAGCCUGUGCCCUCAGAGUCCCAGAAAUUGCCUCAAGACCACAGAAGCCCUUGGAGAAGACCCCAACAAAAGCUUGGCAUUGACCUCUGGCACACAUGGGCUUCCCUGCCACAAGCCACUUCCCUGAGCUCAAUGAGUCCCUUUCUGAGGGAGUUUGGCCCCACUGCACUUUAAUUUCUCAGUUCCGUCUCACCUCCCUAGGCCUGCUUCUAAAGCAGUCAAUAAAUUCAUUCAACAAAUGUUUAUUGAGUACCUACUUGUAGCAGUCACUAUUCUUGGGCUGAAGAGAGAGUGUGAGGGGUGGGGAGGGACCUGGGAAGUCCCCUGAGCCAGCCUUACAUCUCCAAUCACGGCUGGCCCCUCUGAGAGCAUUUCCAUAUUCUCUCCAAUGUAUUGGACGUUGCCCAGGGAUGCCUCCCAGACGGCCCCAGCUUGCAUAUCAGUUACCCUAGGGAUGUAUAUGCUUAGCUGGCUGACCUGAGGCAGGACAAGAAACCAGAAAAGUGUUUGCCUCUGUGGGCAAAAAUGGAAUGGAGAGCGGGCAGAAACAGCCCUGCACCUGGGGCUCAGCUGGCACAGUCAGCCACACCCCCUGGAGCAGGCUGCUGGCCCACUCCAACUUCCCCUGAGUGUGACAGCACGCUUUCCACGCACCAGGUUUCUUUUACAACCCUGGUAGAGAAGCCACAAAACCUCUUUCCUGCCCUUCUCAACUUGAGAGCCCCAUUCUUUCUGGGCCAAGAGCUGAAGUGGAUCCACCCGCUCUGGCCCCCAGAAAUUUGUCUCAGGCACCCCUGUCCUUGCAGGAACCAGGUGUCCUGAGCACACUGGAUGCACCUCAGAGGGAGAAUAUUUGUUCUGGGUUCUGCACCUGCCUACAGACCCUGGGUGUGUGGCUCCAGGGCAGGGAUGAAGCGACCAGGCUUAGCUUGUGGGGCAGGAUUUGUGCAGCUCUCCAUCCCACGGGUGCUCUGACCUUCCUUCCAUAGAGAGGCAGGCAGUGCCACCAGGGAGGAGGGGAGCUGCAACUGAAAUCUAGGGCACUGUUUCCUCCCCAUCCUCCUCUUCAUAGAGAAUAUAGAAGUUUGUCUUCUCUGUCUUCAACCUACUUUUCCUUUUUUACAUUUCUCGUCCUUUCUGUGCCACCUCUCCACCCAGGAGACCAUGUAGCAUAGUGGAAAAAUUCCUGGAGGGCAGUCAGGAAUUCUGGGUGGCCAUCCUGGCUCAGCCCCUAACAUACCAUGUGACAUUGGGCUAGUCUCAUCCCCCCUUUUGGGCCUCAGUUUCCCCACUUGCAAAAUGAACAGGAUAAAGCAGAUGCUCUCCAGGGUCUUUUUCCACUCUGCCAUCCUACAGAUCUUCGUUUUCUCUUAUUUUGCUUUCUUGGGAUCUUUUCCAUCUGAGGGUAUAGGAAGUGCCAGGACCUGUUUCAGUUUUUGAAUCUUGCAAGCACAUUCCAAGACUGGCCUGAAAUUGCAUGAGCAACAUCACUCUAAAUAAUUUUUUUUUCAAAAGCACCUUACCAACCAACUGCAAUGCUGUCCUGUUCCUUUUUACUCACACCCCUCUCUCCUCUCUGGUCCCUACGCUCCCCCACCUCAGUGCUCUGUGCUGUAUGCGUGUGCUCUCUGUUCUUGUAUACUCAAUAAAAGUGAAAUAAAUGUGUUUGAUGCUGAACCACAAA